GAAAACGGCAACAUGACCACCACAGACCACAGUAACACCUACCAAGACGAGGUGCAGUUCACCUGUGACGCUGGGUUUGUUCUAGAGGGCGCUGCUGUAGUGAGAUGCCGGGCUGACGGCCGUUGGACGUCGAUGCUACCAACAUGUUCAACAGCUGGAGCCCAAACUUCACCUGCCUGUAUGGAUCCGAUGGGGAUGGAAGAUGGCAGCAUUCCAGACAACAGCAUCACUGCGUCCUCAGUCUACCGCUAUGAACACAGGGCGUACUAUGGCCGCCUCAACAGCCUGCAUGAGAAAGGCGCAUGGGUCGCAGGGGCAAACCAGGCUGGCCAAUGGCUUCAGGUUGACCUGGGCGGACCUGCUGUGGUCCACGGCGUCGUCACACAAGGCAGGAGGACGGCUGACCAGUGGGUGACGUCAUACAAGCUGCAGCGCAGCUGGAAGGGAACGUCCUGGACAACCUACACGGGCACCGACGGGUCGGACAAGAAACUGAUUUAA